AUGUACUCCCUGCUGUCCUGGGUCCUGGAGCAGAGCAGAUCCACCAUCCAGGCCUUCUGGAGCAACCUGUCAAAAGACUACAACCUGGACAGCUACCCUAAACUGCAGACGCUACUCACUAACCUACACUCCAAAUGGGAUGCUGCAGGUGCCAGAGGUGAGAAGAAAUUGUCUAAAAACACAAAAACACCUCACAUCAAGAAGAGGAGCCACGAGGACAGAAAGACAAACUCACACAAUCUGCAACCUCAGUAUCAUGCCAAGACAAGCGAUGGAACAGGGGGCAAAGUAAGACUGUACAGAGUGAAGAGUGGAGCUGCAGCCCCACGGCCAACGUCUGGAAAUAAUGCGGUGUCGUCUUCUGUCCAGAGACCAGUCGCUGUGUCCUCCUCUUCCUCCUUAGCUGAGCUGCCAGUCAGCCAUGACGCCACAGAGAAGAUCCAUAUCCAACAGAUGUUUGUUUCACAUGGAACUGUCAGACAGUGCAGACAAGCUGGUGAACAGUUUUACCCUGAGAAGACAAAUGGAGCAUCCCAAGCUGCUGAGAACAUGUUUAACCACCAGGGGGAGGCACACACAGGCAUGGCUCAGUAUAAUGAUGAUGAGUGUGCAGUGUGUAAGGACGGGGGGGAGCUGAUUUGUUGUGAUGGAUGUCCUCGAGCUUUUCAUCUGACCUGCCUUCUCCCUCCACUCACGUCUAUACCGUGUGGCACGUGGCAGUGUGACUGGUGCUGUGGCAACACAGUGAAAGGAGAGAAUGCCCAUCUGCCUUUACAACCACUCAUUGCCCAGACGCAGCAAACCACCACAAGCUCCAGUAACUCCAUCAUGGACGUCUCCUUCUUCUCCUCGCUCUCAUCCUCGGCUCUUACGGCUGUCGCAGCUCCUACAAAUGAGCUGAGUGGCAUGAGCCAGUGUUCAGGUGGAGAGCUGCUCAGUGUGAGGGAGGUGUGCAGUGUUUGUAACCGAGGAGGAGAGCUGACUCACUGCCUCCAGUGUUUGCAGCGCUUCCACACACACUGCCUCUCCUCCAAAGGGAGAUCCAUUUGCUCGUCCUGCUCCGGGCCCUGGGGCGGCUCCGCAGGGAGGGAGGCUGAAUCAUCCAGAGUCCUACAGCUCGCCCCAGGGGUUCAUGAUCAGAGCCCCCCCGUCCCUGAGCCCGGCCUCCACAAAGAUGAGCUGGACUCCAUCCUGGGAGACGUGAGUGAGCAGGGGUCCAUUGACAGCAUCUUGCAGUGGGCUUUCCACAACAUCUCUCGGCCCCUCCCCGACUCCCAAGGGUGCUUCCAGUGACCGACAGACCGCCUGCUCUCAUAUGGCAUCCACCUGAUUGAUGGGAUGUAACACUCAU